CCCGUCUGGCCAGGCAGGGAGUGAGAAAUCGGAACAACUUCUCCCCCGAUCGCUGUUGUCGCUGCUAAGGAUUGCUUCAAUACUUCUUCUUCCCGUCGCGCUUCGAUAUCUUCCUCCUUCUCCCCUUGUAGCUUCUCGGAAGGGAAGGGAAGGGAAGGGAGGGGGAGGGGUAAGGGAAGGUCGACUUAUGUGUCUUGUUAGAGAAAGGAGAGAGCAAAAGAGAAAGGAAAGGGGGCUUGCGGAAAAAGGAAAUCAAAGAAGGAGGAAAAGUGUGGAUUUUGUAGGAUGAAGGAGGUAGCCCUGCACGUUUACGACGUGACCAAUAGCGGAUCGGAGACCAUCCUCCAGAUCAACCGCAUCUUAAGGAUCGUAUCAGACUGGGAGGCAUCUUCCACAGCGCCAUCCAGGUUGUUCACCAUCUGUAUCCAAUCUUUGUGUUCCUGGACUGGAACACAUAUUUAUCAAUUACAUCAGGUUUAUGGAGAUGAGGAAUGGUCAUUUGGAUUUUGUGAACAAGGCUCUGGAGUUUUCAGUUGUCCACCAUCUAGAAAUCCUAUGUAUACCUACCGUGAGAGAAUUGUUCUGGGGGAAACAGAUUGCUCCAUUUUCGAUGUAAAUAUGAUGCUGAGAGAGCUUAGUCAAGAAUGGCCUGGGCAGUCAUAUGACCUUUUAGCAAAGAAUUGUAAUUACUUCCAUGACACAUUUUGUGAAAGGCUAAGUGUCCCAAAGCUUCCUGGCUGGGUUAAUCGCUUUGCCAAUGCUGGUGAUACUGCUGUUGUAGUUGCAGGAAAUGCGGCAUUCAAGUUUAUAUUUCUCAUUCUGCCUCACAUGAAAUCACAUGUUUCUCAGUAGUAUAUCUGCGGCAAGCCAAACAAGAAAUCCUAACCGCAAGCAAAGUUGCAUACAGAUUUAUGUCUGGCCUAGCUUCAAAUCCAAAUUCAGAAGGCACACCAGAAUCCCCAAGCAAUUCUAACAGAGGCACCCCUAAAUUUCAAGGUGCAUGGUUUAAAAACUUGAUGUCCAUGGGUGCCAAACCUUCGACUAGCACAUCAGAGCUUUUGGAAGAGUCUGGCGUCAUUCCUACCCGCCCCCAACAGCAUUCAGAAGUGACAACACAGCUCGAAACAAAAUAGUUGUCGAAAAGUAGUUGAAUCCAUGUUGUACAACUAGAAUCUUUGAUUCCUACGAUCACGACUGUAAAGAGUACUCAUUGUUAAGAGAAUUGCUUUGUGUCAAGUAUUUGACUGUUAUCCUUGGAUCUGCUAAAAUGAUCAGGAUCUAUGCGAGUUGUGUUCAUCGGGAAAUUACAUCAUUUUGCCUAGCAAAGUGGCGAUUAAUUAUGAUCCUUUAUUGUUUAUA